AUGAGUAUUGAUCUAUCCUUUAAGAACCUUGAAAUAUUAGAUUAGUCUUUAAAUCUAAAUAAUUAUGUAAAUACAUAUCCUAUUCUCAUAAAGAUAAUUAUAAAUUUAUAAGGCAACAAUUUCAAGGGAGAGUAAUCCUAUAUUUAAUAGAUCAAAGUUUAGCAUCUAAAUUUGUCAUUCAAUAAUAUUGAAUAAAUGUGGUUAUUACCCUCAUCACUUAUAACAUUGGAAAUCAAUAAUAAUUUAAUUCAAAAUUUAUCAAGUAUUGAAAACUUAGGAUAAUUAUUAGAUAUCUCUCAUCUCAAAAAUUUGAAGUAGAUUGAUUUAUCCAACAAUUUAUUACAAAGUGUUCAUUGGUUUAGUAAUUUGACCCAAUUAACUCAUCUAUUUUUGAAGAAUAAUAAAGUAAGUAAGAUAAGGAUAUUGUAGAUUAAAACAAUUGAAUAACUUAAAAACUUACCCUAGUUGAUUGAAGUGGAUUUAGAGUGUAAUGACUUAAAAAAUGUAGCUGAAGUACAUUAUCUAGAAACUUAAUCGAAAAUCAAUAUAAUAAAUUUAUUUGGAAAUCCUGUUUUUGAAGGAUUGCAAUUAAAAGUAUUAAAUGUAGUUGAGAGUAAAUACAAAUGCUAUAUAAUUAGAAAAUUGUCAUUGUAGAUCAGAACAAAUAUAUAAUUAAUCAGAAAUAUGCAAAAAAAGAAAUUAAUAAAUAGAUGAUAUUGACUUAUUUGAUGAAUAAGCAAAUGAAAAAUAAUCUGAUCUUCAACCUUAAACAUUAACAUCAAAAAAAUAUACUAAGUCUCUAUCUCCUUUAAAUAAAUAAUUACCAUAAUUCUAUGAUCCUAAAUCUAGCAAAUAUGUUACUUUUCAUGAUGUUUUAAGAUAAAAGUAACGCAAUAUUACUAAUACGAAUUAUGAUGUAAAAUAAUAAAAUGUGACUACUACCAAUACUAAUAUGACUAUUAAUAACAGAUAAACUAUGGAUUAAUUGAAGCAAUAAAAUGAAAACUUAAAGAAAGAUUAUAUGAAACUAAAAUAAAAGUUUGAAUAAUCAUAAAAAUAAAAUUAGAGUUUUUAUCAAGAAAUUGAGAGUUAUAAAGAAUAAUUGAAUGGGUUAUUAUUAUAGUUUAAUAUUCCAAUUUAAGAAGAAGAAACAUCAGUCAGAUCUUUAUUAGAUUAAUUAGAAUUAGGUUUAAUGACUUUUAUCAAAGAAACUAGAAAAUAAAAUAUUGAAUAAAUCAAUAGUAUGAUGACAAGAAUGGGAAAUAAAGUAAAGGUUAUGAGUAGUCAAAUUGAAAUUAUUACUUUAAAAAAAUGUUGUGAAUAUACUGAGAAAAUUAAAAAUAUAGAAUUGUCAUUAUCUAAACUUGCAGAUGUAGUUGUAGAAUAGUAAUACUUAUUGUAAUUUCUAGAAAAUAAUAAAUAUUAAAACUAUAAAGACAAAGAGUUCAUUCACCUUUAUAAAGAUAAUGCUUGACUUCAAGAUUUCAUGGUAAAAAUCCUAGUGAACUUGAUUAAAUGAAGUUAAAAACAUUAUUUUUUAAGUCUCCUAAUGUUCAAUAAUUAGAUAAACCUCUCAAAACUCAAGGAUCAUAAAUAACUAGUUUAUCACAAUAAAUGUUAGAUACCCAAUAGAAACCAAAAAAUCUUAAGAAAUGA